AUGCGGCUUUGGACGCAAAAAUAUCAAGCGCACUUAGAGAAAUAUUGUUAUAAACUGGGAUUGUCUAUCGGACAUAACCCUUGGAAGUAUAUAAUUGGAAUUCUUCUGUUUACUGCACUUUCAUGUGUUGGAUUUUUACGUUUUCAUCAAAUUAACAAUGCCAGAGUAACAUUCACGGCUUCGGAUUCUCGAUCGCAUGUGGAAGGAGCGGUUAUGGAGAAGUUCCUUCGACAGAAUGGAAGUUUGCACAUGGUUGAAGUUAUGAUCAAAUCUUCUGACAAUGGAUCUUUGCUAAGAGAUGAGUUCCGUCAUCAGCUAUGGCAGUUAGUAUCAGAGAUAGCAAAUGAUAUUAAAGGACAUGACAGUACUAAUGGAUUUUUGUCUUACAAGAACAUGUGUGAACCUUACUGUCAGAAGAACGAUCCCUUCUAUGCUUUCAUAAAGCUUUACGAAAAUAAUAUCACAGACUUAGAGCUUACUUAUCCUGCUUUGGAUAUAAUGGGAAAACAGUUGUUCAUUGCCAACAACAUAUAUGGUGUGACGUUUGUUAAUGGAUCGUCCAAAGUCAUUGAAGGUUUCAAUACUGUAAUCUUGAGAUAUUACAUGGUUCAUAGUGAAAUGAAACCGAUGCUCGAAUGGGAAUCUGGGCUUCUUCGCUUACUGUAUGAGUCCAACAAGUAUCCUUAUUUGAGAGGAGGAGCUGCUUCUGACAAUAUUGUCUCAAAGGAAGUCAAAGCCAUGGGGACGAGAACAGCUCCUUUGCUUUCUAUUUCAUUAGUGCUUCUGAUGGUUUUCCUAGUAGUAUGCUCAUUCCGUCAUCGAAGACAAGAAUCUAAACCUUGGGAAGCAUUACUGGGAGGAGCUAUUCCUGUACUUGCUGGAUUGACAACGGUCGGCUUGGUUUCGGCUUCUGGUCUUGCUUUUCAAUCAAUUGUUGUCAGCUCACUCUUCUUGAUAUUAGCUAUAGGAAUCGAUGACGUAUUCAUUAUGUUGUCCGCCUGGCAUAGAACUGACAGGACUUUGGAUAUUCCUCAUAGAGUUGCUGAUAUGGUUAAAGAAUCUGGAUGCUCCAUGACUGUCACUUCAAUCACAAACGUUGUCUCAUUUGGUAAUGGUGUCCUUUCUUCAACACCUGUCCUUCAGACUUUCGCUAUCUAUUCAACAGUAGCUAGUAUAGCGUGUUUUGUUUAUCAGCUCGUUCUCUUCCCGGCUAUCAUGACAUUAACAGCACCAAACGAAUACAAAAAGAUUGAUGACGUCAAUAAAUCAUGUCUACCAGAUGAAAUCGGGUUCAUAAAACCUUUAGGAGUUUUCCAUGAUAAGGUCUGGAGAAAGCUUGCUAGGGUUGUAACUCAUCCUCUCACUGCAGUACUUACGAUCGCUGUUCUGAUCUGCUAUUGGGCUACAGCUGUAUAUGGGAUUUCAAUCGUUAAAGUAGAUUUGGCAGUUCAACAUUUAGCUCCUAAAGAGGCCAAAAUUGCUCAAUUCAAAACGGAGUACGAUCAAGCUAUUAAGGGUAUGCAAACUGUUGCCACGGUGGUUACACAACCCGGUGAUUUGAGAAAUAAAACUCAUUUUUCUAAAAUCGAACAACUUCUGUACUCAUUCGAGCAUACUAGCUACAGUUAUGGUAAUGAUUCGACCUUUUGCUUCCUAAGACCAUAUUUGGAGUUCUUGAACUUUUAUGAAGCUGAUGAAGACGAUUCACCAGUUGUUUUCACCUACGCUGCUAUGGAAAGUUUCUUGCGGAUAGAUCCUUACUGGGCCCCAACAUUACAUAUCAAUAUGACGGCAUGUAAACAGAAUGAACCUUCAUGCAUUGAAGCUUUCCUCUUCACGACAGGUUUUACUACUCUCUCCAGCUAUAAUGAAAUGUAUCCCCUUCUGGAAGAAUGGAGAGCAAUUAGUGACAAAUAUCCUGAGCUGGGUGUGUAUUCAUACUCUGAAAGAAGUAAUUUUGCUGAUCAGACUGCUGCCUUAACGGGGGUUAUCUGGGAUACUCUCCUGUCUGAAGUUAUAUGCAUGGGCCUCUCAUAUAUCGUUCUUGUGCCUGACACUGAUUCUAUCAUUGCAUCCAUGUUUGCGCUACUAUCUGUUAACAUGGGAGUGUUUGGCUUCUUGUCACUCUGGGGAGUAGGUGUAGAUCCUGUAUCUAUGGCUGCUCUUUUGAUGAGUAUCGGAUUUUCUGUGGAUAUAUCAGCUCAUAUAAGUUACCACUAUUAUACAGUUAAAGCUCCGACAGCUCGUGAAAGAUUAGAAGAUGCAUUCUUGAACAUUGGAUGGCCUACCGUACAAGGUGGUAUGAGUACAUUAGCUGCAAUGUUGCCUAUUAUAGUAAUUCCCAACUAUUUACUCAUGACUUUCCUUAAGGCUGUUGCCUUGGUGAUUGUGUUUGGUUUGUUACACGGACUCAUCGUCCUACCGGUAUUCUUAUCUCUUAUCGAUAUUUUGAUGAAAUCAAUUGGGAGGAAUCGAAUCGUCCCAGAACCUGUUGAAUAUCCUUCAAACAGCACUUCAUGUGAUAGUCUGCCUCAAAAUUUGGAGCCACAUCGCAUAUCGAUUAAGAGUUUUACCAAUUAUAUUUCCAAAACUGGGCUUACUCAAGUCUAUAUGACCAUUGGCGUUCAGUUCAACGUUAUCCUACCAUGUGCCAGUGCAUACAACUCGGGACUUCUAACUCGUCUCGAAAUCAUCAGUACUACAAACCAACUUUGGGUUUUGCUUGCUCUGUUCACAAGUAACCGACUAUGA